CCCCUAAUGUUUUCUUUAUUUGGGAAACUAACUCAUUAGAUUCACCUCCAACAUUUCAACCUAUUGCCCUACCGACGGAGAGGAUCAAUAGCCAAAAAUGGCCGGUUUGCUCUCAUGGGCAGCGGACGUCGUCGCCGGCGGCGGCGGCGGCGCCAACCACAACGACGAACGUACCACUUCCAUUCCCCUAAUUUUUACUCCCGACCAGCAGAAUUACGUUCGAGAAUUGAAUCAGAAAGCAGCUUCUCUCAGCCGCUCGGUCCGCGAUCUGCGCCUUCGAUUGCCUCCUCCCGACAUCUCCCAACGCCUUCCCCAUCUUCAUGCUCACUCUCUUGCUUCAACGGCCGAUCUUACUCUUCAAUUGAACGCCCACUCUUCCACACGAGAACAGGUCCAAUUGAGAGAGAUAUCACUACAGGAAGAAAAUGUUGCAUAUGGAAAGGCCAUUUCAAAUUGUGAAAAUAAAAUACAGGAAAAGAGACAGGAAGCAGAUUUGCUUCUGAGGAAGUUAGAGGAGUUAGAAGAAACCACCAAGAAUCUGGAAGUUGAGCUAGAAAACGCACAAGCUGCUCUGGAAAAUGAUGAAUCAAUCAACUUCGGAAAAUUGACAUCCAAACCUUCGAAAGUUGAAGCAGAACAAGAUAUGGAAUUAUCAAAGUCUGCGUUGCUAGACAAACUAGAGAUCAAGAAACAAGAACUGAGUUCAAUGGAAGACACAGUUAAAGAAUUAGAAAAAAACUGGGCAGAAAUUCAGGAUAAAGCUCUAAAACAGCCUUCACCAGUUCAGAGAGAGAAAAUGUUAGACAAACAACUCCAUAGCCUCAUGGAGCAACUAGCUGUAAAACAGGCACAAGCCGAAGGUUUGGCAAGUGACAUUCAUCUGAAGGAGAUGGAGCUGGAAAAACUAAAAACAUCAUCAAGGAGGCUGCAAAGUAGCAGCUCCGAGGCUAAUAUUGCUCGUAAUCGUUUUGGAAAAAGCAUGUCCGACAAGAAUUUUCAAGACCUCUUAGCUGACUCGCACCACAGACUACCUUAUCGCAGUGGUGGUCGGAGUGAAAAUCAACAGAGACUGAUGCUAUUCCGUUCUGCUUUCGUGGUCUACAUUUUAGCUCUACAUAUAUUGGUUUUCAUCAAAAUUUCAUUCUGAACAACCACAUAUAUUCAUCAGUAUUUUAUUUGUAUGUAAUAACUAAUUAGAUAUAUAGAAACUCGGAUACCAAGUAGAACACCAAUAAAGUGAUCAAAUAUAUGUAAACAAAUCAUCCUUUUGAAUUCUCUCCAAGAACUGAAUAGAUGGCAAACUUGUGUUGA